GAAAUUAAGUCGAUUUUGUACAUUUGUGUUCAAGAGACAUGUUUGUGUAACGCGUAAGUACUUCUUUGUGUUUAAGUUGUACGGAACAGCGACGUUUCUGAAAGUAAGACAGCGGUGUGUGGGUAGUGAAUGAUUUUACGUUAUCUUCUCAUUGUUCUGCUGGUUGGAUACCGGGGAAAUUAACCAAUCAAACAGAAGAAAGGAAUUUAAGGCAAAAUGGACCUGGCAGGACAGACGCGAAGAAGGGCGUGAUAAAUGAGUUUUCAGAUGGCGUGUGGUUAAAGAGCUAUAGAGUCGCCAAUUCGUUUUCUGGGGAAAAGCAGCUGUUCUCUUGUUUCAAACGACUCGCAGAUGUUUUGAUGCCGUGAAUUCUUCUGGAGUAUUUAUAAAGCCGAUCAGAUAUGAGUUCCACGUGUCGUUCUGCAGACCAGAUUCAGGUUACCUCUCAGGCACAGGAAGUGCGAAAAAGUGAACUCAGCAUAGCAUCAGCACGGGCAUCAGUUAUGGUGUAUGAUGACAUCAAUAAAAAAUGGAUUCCAAGUGGAACAUCAUCUGGUUUGUCAAAGGUUCAUAUUUACCAGCAUCAAGUGAACAACACAUUUAGAGUAGUUGGUCGCAAACUACAAGAUCAUGAGGUUGUUAUUAACUGUGCCAUUCUGAAAGGUCUGAAGUACAAUCAAGCAACUGCAACAUUCCAUCAGUGGAGGGACAAUAAACAAGUGUAUGGACUGAACUUCAGCAGUAAAGAAGAUGCUGAUUCAUUUGCAAGAGCUAUGGCUCAUGCCCUAGAUAUCCUAGGUAACGCUCUGUCUAGGUCUCUAGGACAGCCGCCUUCUGUCUCAAGCACACAACCAAUCUACCAAGUCUCCAGUAAUGGGCAAUAUGAGGAGGACAUGGGAUACAGUAAGACGCUAUGCCUUCCUCGAGUGUCCCUCCAUCAACAGAUGCCAUGCAGUGUUGCAAUAGCAUCACGAAUCCCAAGUCCUGGCGGGGGGACGAGUUCGAGGACAAUGACAAGGGAAGAUGUAGCAAUCAUUCAAGAAAGAAGAAUGUCAACACAACAGCCACAACAAGAACAGCAACAACAACGACAACAGCUUGUCGGUGGCGGUUCUUCACCAGGAAGCUCUUCACCCAGUAGCACUGGUGGGCCGCCUCCUUGUCAACCACCACAGCCCCCACAUCCUCCUGGGUCUGGUCUUCCUCCGGGUCACCAUAGGGCAUCAUCUGCGCCGCCGGCUCCUCAGCCCCAACCACCUCAGGUGGUUCUCCAACAGCAGACACCUCCCGGUGGUGCUCCACCAAUUACGACUGUUGGCGGCCCACCUGCACCUCCCCCAGCACCACCUGCUCCCCCCGCACCACCUUGUCCUCCAUGGCUGGGUGGUGGUUUACCUUCCUCAAAUGUGCCACCAGCUCCUCCUGCACCCAGUGCCGCACCACCUCCACCACCACCACCUCCAGCUCCGAAUGUCACACGAUCUUCUAGCAAUGAUGGGCAAGAACAGGGAUCGUCUCUUGCUGCCCAGCUUCAAAGUGCUAAGCUACGCCGUUCGAGCAAGCAAUCAGCUGAAAACAGUGGAUCAAGUACCAGUAGCAGUGGUAGCAGUAACUAUGGAACUAUUGGGCGCAGUGGCAUGGCCAGCAUGACUAGUAUGAUGGAUGAGAUGGCAAAGACACUGGCUCGCCGCAGGAAAGCUGUUGAGAAGAAAGAGCCUGCUGAAGCCCAGGAUAGUGAUGCUAGUCAGGACAAAAAGUCGUGGGACAAAAGUGCUGGCAAUGGAAAAUUUGCCAAUGGUUCUGGCUCAGAAUCACCGAAGCCAUCUAGAAAACGCUUCGGAUCCUCUUCAGAAGAACAAGGAAUGAAAGUUAAUGGCGUACAAGAAGGCACAGGCACUGGCUGCACUGACCUAGAGAGCUUGAAACAAGAAAUACUUAGAGAAAUGAAGAAGGAAAUGAACAAAAUGAAGCAAGAUAUAAUAGAUGCUUUGAGACAGGAGCUUAACAGAAGAUAAUGGCCGCUACUUAAAAAGUCUCCAAGUUCCUAAGCCAGGUCGUUUGGUGCUCCCCUCUCUUCCACACCCUUUGUCGAUUUGGCUUUUUGCGGCCUAUGUCGCAGAGUUAAUCACUGCUUCUUGGUAUGUGGCCAACAUAUGUUGGAGGAAGAGGCAGUUGUAUCAUUUCUCUACAGGCUCAGUGCUGUUCCCCCAUACUCCAGCCAUAUAAAUUCCAAGUGAUUAGUAGUAUAUGUAAAAGUGGAAAAUAUUUAAUGGUGAUAAUAUUCAGUCUGCUGCAGUAUGAGAAACAAUUUCAGUCAAACUUGCAUACUAUUUACUUUCCAUAUUUUUUACACAAAGUAUUUGUUUACAUUUCAGUACUGAUAUUUAUUUUUAAUGUGAAUAAAUGUAUUGUAACAUUCACUGUGUGUUUUGGUUGUAUCAUGGAUUUUCUGCUUCAAUGGGAACAUGUGUCUGAUAUUUACUCUUUUUUGUAGACUGUUGAAAUCUCAUUGCAAAUAAAUAUUGUGGGAUGUGGCACGUAUGUUCAUACUUCAAAAAAGAAAAAAAUAGAAUUGUUUCCUAAAAAACAAAAAAAGAGCGACAGACAUAAUUAAAUGCUUGCAGGACCUUGCAGGGUUAUAUCAGGUUUGUCCAUUGCCACUCAACGUAGAUUAAGGCAGUGGUCAGCAUUGCAUCUGUCCACAAUCAGUAAGCACCACUGCAGUGUCACUAUUACAGAUUGGUUUCAUUGUAGCAAAUAUUAUAUAUUAAUGUUGCCAUGCUCCUCUCUCUGUGUGUGUGUGUGUGUGUGUGUGUGUGUGUGUGUGUGUGUGUGUGUGUGUGUGUGUGUGCGUGCGUGUGCGUGCGCGUGCGAACGCGCACGUUGUGAGCUCUGUUGAUGAAAGCAGAGGGGAGGAUUGGUGUAUUUCAUCCAGUAUUCAUUGUUUUUUAUGUAACUGCCCCAAAAGACUUGUGAAGAUGUGUAUCUUUCACACCUACAAAACAGCACAAGCUUGUUUUCUGAAAUUUGUACAGUAGUAUUACAGAAUAUUCAAUGAUCUCACUAUGUUUUAUGUGAGUUGACUGUUGGCUGAGUACAUAUAGCCUUGAUUGUGAAAUAAGUAUCACCAAAAAAUUUUGCGCAUACUCAACAGUAGCUUCCUCUUGAUACUGUCUGUUAAGACGUAUAAAUAAAUAUAUAUAUAUGAUCAUCAGUGUUUAUAAGUAAAUAUGUUUGCUGGAUAAAUGUGUAAAGGAUAAUUUACUGAAAAGAUAAUGUAAAAUUUCGAAUUUUACUGUGUGAGUGUGUGUAAAAGAUAUAGUUAUGGAUUUACAGCCAUUUUUACAUUCACUAUUAGGCAACCAUACUGCAGCUGGAUCAUUUCUGUUGAUAAAUACCUCUGCAUAUUCAUUACAUCGUACAAACAAAAAUCCUACUUCUGGAGCAGUUUCAGGCCUUUAAUUUAUUCCUUGCAGGUUCCAAGGAACUACUCAGAAGAUGUAAAAGAGAAAAUGGCUGUAGCUUUGUUUGUACUGUAUAGGUGUGUGUAAAUGUGCUGUAUUAAUUGUCUAAGAUGACAAUUGGGCUCUUGCAGUUUAAGUUGAUGCUGUUUUUAUUGCAAUUUAUUCAUAGUGCAGUCAGUGUAUAUGUGUGAGUGUGUGUAUAUAAUAUAAUAUAAUAUGGUUUUGACAGGCAGCAAUCAGGCGCAUGGAUUUAUUUGCAUUUAUUUAACAGCGUUUACAUUUAGGUACAUAAGUGUAUUAUAUAAACAGCAGCAUUAUUUAAAACUAAAGGACAUUCCGGAGAGAGCAGUCAUUCCUUAGUGAUGUCCAGAGUCAUAGGAAUUUGUAUUGACAUGGAACUGAAAACAUUUGAAAAUAAAAAGUUUUUGAAGUGAUCAGUUAUUACAUUUAGACUAAUCAUGAAAUUUAUUUAUUUUAUAUAGCAUUGUAACUGAUUAUAAUAUGCUCAAGAAUUUACUGUGGUACAUGCCUUGUGAAAUUAUUACAAACCUAUUUGAUACCAAUCCCCAUUUUUCAGUUAAGGGCUGAUUGUUUUACUUUUGUAUAACAACAUACUGUAGUUUGUAAACACGUGUAGUAUAUAAUUUCUGUGAAUAUUGUUUGAAUUAUAAAAACCGAAACUGUUUCGUUUCAGUAUUAUUAAAAAUAAAAAACCAUACUAGACAGACAAAAUUAAGAAGUACCACUAGCUACAAAAAAUUGCCACCGAAUGACUGUGCUUCCAGCAGGUGUCUCCUGUGGUAAGUCUUGGUGGUUGUCAGCACACAAAUUUUUGUACGAUAUAUAUUCUAAUUUCUGUGAGUCAAUAACAUUUCUCAGAGGAUAAAAUGAUUUGUGUUAUGUCACCCUGUUAUUUGAGAAUGUUUCUUUAAGCACAAAGGAAGUUGUAGAAAAUCAUUUUUGAUAUCUCUUCUAUAUUUGUAAAAAAAUAAUGUUUUAAUUGAAACAUCUAAGACAUUUAGAAAUUGUUUUUAAUAUUAUUUGUUAAUAUAUUUAUUUUACUUUUUUUGUUAAUACCUGUAAUUUAUGCCAAAUAUAUUUUGACUGUGUGAAAUAUUCUUGGACUGUAUAUUUGUAGCAGUGUUCUUUGUUUAUAUGCAAACUUUAUUAAA